UUCCGCCCGCCCGUCAAGAUGGCGGCCAUGGAGGAGGAAGAAGAGGCGCUGCUGGAGGGAGAGUCGCCCGCCGAGGCUUCUCAGGGCCCCGAAGGGAAGCCCAUGCCGGCGGUGUGCGACCCCAGCCGCCUGGCCCACCGCCUCCUGGUCCUUUCCCUGAUGUGCUUCUUGGGCUUCGGCAGCUAUUUUUGCUAUGACAACCCAGCAGCUCUUCAGACUCAAGUUCAAAGGGACAUGAAAGUGAACACUGCUCAGUUCAUGGCACUGUAUGCGUGGUAUUCCUGGCCUAACGUGAUUCUCUGUUUCUUUGGAGGCUUUCUCAUUGACAGAGUAUUUGGAAUAAGGUGGGGCACAAUAAUAUUCAGCUGCUUUGUCUGUAUUGGACAGGUGAUUUUUGCUAUGGGAGCAAUAAGUAAUACUUUUUGGCUGAUGGAAGCUGGCAGGUUUGUGUUUGGGAUUGGUGGGGAAUCCUUAGCAGUAGCUCAAAAUACCUAUGCUGUGAGUUGGUUUAAAGGAAAAGAAUUAAACCUUGUGUUUGGACUUCAGCUCAGCAUGGCUAGAAUCGGGAGCACUGUGAACAUGAAUAUUAUGGGAUGGGUAUACUCGAAAGUUCAAGAUCUUCUGGGUUCUACAGGUCACACUACUCUUGGGGUAGUGCUUUUUAUUGGUGGUGUGACAUGUAUUUUUUCAUUAAUCUGUGCUCUCAUUCUUGCUUAUCUGGACAAAAGAGCUGAGAAAAUUCUAUGUAAAGAGCAAGGAAAGACUGGUGAAGUGAUUAAAUUAACUGAUGUGAAAGACUUCUCAUUGUCCUUAUGGCUCAUAUUUAUUGUCUGUGUUUGUUAUUAUGUGGCCGUCUUCCCGUUCAUUGGACUUGGAAAAGUUUUCUUCAUUGAGAAGUUCAAGUUUUCCUCUCAAGAAGCAAGUGCAAUCAACAGUAUAGUGUAUGUCAUAUCAGCACCCAUGUCCCCUGUCUUCGGAUUCCUAGUUGACAGGGUUGGAAAGAAUAUUACCUGGGUUAUAUGUGCCGUGGUGACUACAUUGGUGUCUCACAUCAUGUUGGCCUUUACUUUCUGGAACCCUUGGGUGGCCAUGUGUUUGCUGGGAGUAGCUUAUUCCUUGCUUGCCUGUGCCUUAUGGCCUAUGGUUGCUUUUGUUGUCCCCGAACAUCAACUGGGAACAGCUUAUGGCUUCAUGCAGUCAAUCCAGAACUUGGGUCUAGCCAUCAUUUCCAUUGCAGCUGGUCUGAUACUAGAUUCCCGAGGAUACCUCUUCCUAGAAAUAUUCUUCAGUGCUUGUGUGUGUUUGUCACUCAUUGCUGUGGUCAUGCUGUACUUUGUGAAUUACCUUAGAGGAGGUGACCUUAACUUAUCUGCAAAGAAAAGGGAAAAGUUGCAGAAACUAGCUGUGGAUGAAGCAAAGAGACGGGAACAAAUCAGACGUCAGAAUGAAGAUGACUUAGCCAGAUUGCAGCCAAAGAAUGACUUUAGUUUGAGGAAUAGGUAUCUCUCCAGAUUAGGUGCUCAGCUGCCUGACAACUAUGCUUGUCACUUACCUGCACUGGCUCACAGAAGUGUGUUGAAAUAGCAGAGUGGUGUCAAGACAUGGGGAUGCAAUACAUGAACCUUGUGCGCCACACACGACCACAGUCUUCCAUACAUCUGCAUAGAUAAUGAAAAUCCCAACAAUAUGUUCUACAAACAAACCAAUAGCUGAUAUUGUGAAACUGCUGCCCUGUACCUUGUGCCAAAGCUGAUAGGGUAGGAAUGCUUUUUAAAAGUUGUCAGUUGUGUGCUGCUACUGAUAGAUUUCUGGUUUUGCUCAGGUUCUUUAUCUGUUCAUAAUAUAGGCCUGUUGAGCAGCUUGACUUUGAGAAAGAGUUAGAUAGAACACCGUAAUUCAGCCCUUUAAAACUGCCUCUUGUUACAAACUCAAUAAUUAUAUUCUUUCUAUGGUGGACAUCUUUGUUCAUGCCUUAGAUUUCUUUCUAAUGAAGGGAAGCAAUGAAUUUAAUUCACUAGACUAAUGAUUUCUGUGAAAUUUUUGUGUUGCUUUUAUCAGAAAUGAAUGAAACUUUUAAAGCAUACUGUUACUUAAAAGUAGCUGUUUUCAAAAUGGAGUUAAUAUCAAGUAUUUCCAUUGUUUAUAGUAAUGAAAAGCAGAAGAUUGAGAUUUCCUAUGGAAAUAGCUCAGUAUGUAUCUUUACUGUCAAGGCAAUUGCAUUGAUUUUGUAGAAAAAUGAUAGAAAUCAUCCACUGCAGUUCAUUGAAAUGAUAAUAUUUUUUUAAAAAAAGGAUUGAUUUUACUACCAUAAGUGAAAGAGUGUUAAAAUGCAGAGAAAAAAAAACAGACUUCAGAGCUGACCUUGGUUUUGGAACUCACCACGAAGAUGUUAUCACAGUUGCCUUGCUGUUGGAUUCAAACUCACCUUUCCAUAAAUGGUGUGGAAGGGAAAGCCAACCGACAGAAAAGUCACUAAAUGGAAAUCAAAGGAGAUUUUCACUGAUAUCCGUCUAGAGCAGUGGUUCUCAACCUGGGGUCCCCAGAUGUUUUUGGCUUUCAACUCUCAGAAAUCCUAACAGCUGGUGAACUGGCUGGGUUUUCCGGGAGUUGUACGCCAGCUUGAGAACCACUGCUCUAGACUAAGUAUGGACAAACUUCAGUUCUCCAGGUGUUUUGGACUUCAACUCCCACAACUCCCUAUUGGUUGUUGGGAAUUGUGGGAGUUGAAGUCCAAAACACCUGGAGGUCCGAAGUGUGCGCAUGCCUCCUCUAGAGUAUCUACAUUCUGUCCUCUAAUUCUCUGCAACAGUUCUUCAGAAAGCACAGGAUCGGCUGAUUGAGGAAGAGGAACAGGCAUAAACUGGGAAACCCAAUUCCAGGCUAUAAUAGUACACUUUCAGUAUUGUAAUCUGUAUUCUAAUUAACCCUGAUUCUUCUGGUAAUUCUGUCAUUGUUAUUUUUAAUUUUGAUUGUACUUUGAGCCAACAAUAUGGUACAACUUCACUACUAAAAAUUUCUUACAUUUUUAUUAUCUGAAGUUGAAACUAAGCAAUGUCCUGAUCUUGUGAUUUUUAAAGGCUCCUAAUACAGAAGUUCUCUUGACUCAUAUAACAAAACGCUUUCAGGACUGUAAUUGCUGAAAAGUUGAUCUAGAAAGGCAAUUGAGUACAUUUUUGUUACUUGUAGCAAUUUCAUAAGAUACAAUUAUAUUUUAGGGGAGGAGGAUGCCUACAAUUUAUGUUUUUAUUCUUUCUAAAUAAAGUCAAUACGUUCAGUA